AUGGAGGCCAGGGGAAGCCAGUCAUCUCUGCAGGUCCUGGGAGAGAACGAGGCAUUGCAGCAGUUCUUUAACGGUCAGGAUGUCAGUGGUGUUUUGGAGAACCCAGUUACUGUGGAUACCACCAUUCUAGAACAGUACCUCAGCACUGACAUGGACCCCAGCAGUUUCAUGCUCCCUGAGUCUCCCCCUGACUCCAGCUCGGAGCCCUGCUCCCCCCCACAGAUACCAGACCUCCAGAACAAGGCCUCCUAUUGGUCCACACAGCAAGACAACCAGGAAAUGUUCCACCCAUUGGCACGGCCUGCCACGUCAUUGUCCUGUCGCUUUAAAGGACAAAGCCCCGCCUUUGACCACUUUGAACUGCCGACUCAUGCCCAGCUAUGCGGCAUGGGACUCACUGACACUUACAUCAGAGUAGGUUGCCCCCCUGCCCCGGCCGCACACCAACACACACACCAGUCACCUAUACACACACACCACCUGAGCCCAGACAACUACACACAGGUAUACACUCCCCCCACACCCCUGCUCCACGAUGCCCUCCCCCUUCCUUUGCAUUCCCCGGCCCACCCGGCUCCACAGUUGGCCCCAGCCGACAGCUUCCCUGGGCCCCACAGCGCUCCUACCCGGCUCCUUGGACUAGCCGGGGACCUCACAGCAACUCCAGGCCCAGUUCAGAGCCACAGCCCUUCAGCCCCCGCCUGCAUAUUGGCACACAACCCUGCACACAAGACUAGGUCUCCUGUUCAACUGGACAGUAAGAGGAGGCGAAGGUCAGAGUCGUGUCAGAGUUCAUCAGACCCUGGCCUGCUGUCUGAAGGUGUUGAUGCCUCCUGCUGUGACAGUGAUGGGACAGCAGGGGGCAGCAGUGUCGGCGGUUUGGUUCUGGGAACGUACCAGCUACUGACCUGGAAACAGUACAAACAAGAACAGUGGAGUACAUUGUAUGACAGCCGCCACCAAACACUUCCAGCUCCAGGUUACCAGGUGGACACAGAUAAAGGUUUUAACUUCUCUGCUGCCGACGAUGCCUUCAUUUGCCAGAAGAAGAAUCACUUCCAGGUCACAGUUCACAUUGGUGUGGCAGGAGAGCCAUGCUACGUCAAAACGCCCAGUGGACCGCAGGAAAUAGAUCACUUCCUAGUCAGAGUGUUCGGGGUUAAGGUGGAGGCCCCAGACCACCAUGUGACCAUAGAGCAGUCACAGUCGGACCGCAGCAAGAGAGCCUUCUACCCUGUCAGCAUCAGUCUGCCUGGCAACAAGAUCACCAAGGUAACACUGGGCCGCCUGCACUUCAGUGAGACCACAGCCAACAACAUGAGAAAGAAAGGCAAACCCAACCCUGACCAGAGGUACUUUCUUUUAGUAGUAGGUCUAUAUGCUGUAGUGAGAGAGGACAGCUUCCUGCUUACAGCUCUGAUGUCUGAGAGAAUCAUUGUCAGGGCUUCUAAUCCCGGUCAGUUUGAGAUGGACAGCGACACCACGUGGCAGCGGGGUGUGGUGCAGGACACCGUGGUCUGUCAGGGCAGGGUGGGCAUCAAUACUGACUCUCCUGAUGAGGCGCUAGUUGUCUGCGGCAACGCCAAGGUGAUGGGUACCGUCAUGCACCCGUCAGACCGUCGUGCCAAACACAACAUCCAGGAGGUGGAUUCAGAGGAGCAGUUGAAGAGAAUAGCUCAGAUGAGGAUUGUGGAGUACGAUUAUAAACCACAGUUUGCUUCCACAAUGGGUAUCGAUAAGGUCCAUCAAAGAGGAAUAAUUGCUCAGGAGGUGAAAGAGCUUCUACCUGCUGCUGUGAAGGAGGUCGGAGAUGUCAUCUGUUCAGAUGGGGAACAAAUCCACAACUUCCUGAUGGUGGACAAGGAGCAGAUCUUCAUAGAGAAUGUUGGGGCAGUCAAGCAGUUGUGUAAAUUGACUGAUAAUCUGGAGAACAGGAUCAAAGAGCUGGAGGUUUGGAACAACAGACUGGCCAAACUCAAGAGUCUAUCUGGCAGCCUGCACUCAAAAGGGAAACCCAGUAUAAACCCCAGUGUGCCCACACCCCAGAAACCAGACCCACGGCACCCUGAGAAAGUCUGUUGGAAUGAACCGUACGGUCAGUGUCUGCAGCAUAAAGUAUUGCAGGCCAGUAUUUUCACUCUGCUGACCACCAUGGCCUUCUGUGUGAUCUCUAUAACAGCUCUGUACCUGUCAACUCUCAGAGAGGACAAUGGUGUCUUUCCUGGCAGCAGUAAUGACAGUGUGUUCCCCCAGCUGACCACAACAGCCUGGACCACUACAGCCUCCCCUCCGCCAGGCCUCUGGCCCCCAGACGUCAGCUUCUGUGAGCUGCUGUACUGUGAGCAGGUGUACUGCUGCCCCUCAACACCAGGAGGCGCUGCUGACACUAAUAUCACAUCUGUGACUGCUGAACCAGCAGGCGAUGACCCCUCUCUGACAGACAGAAGUAACGACAAGCUGUCUGAGAAGCUGAAAAACGCCAAAGACUGGACAAAUACCACCAUCAAGUCCUUUCUGGUCAAAGAGAACCAGCAGGUGAUUGACAGCAGAUACUGUGACAGACAUAGCUGCGGAUCAGGCAGGUACAGCUACCUGGUUCCUAUCAGUCCCUAUGUACCUGUUAACAUGAGAGUCACUCUGAUCAUGAAUUCUACUGAGCUGCUGGUCGUCCAUCUGUGUAGUUUUGAUGAAUCAGCAGCGUGUUCUGCUCUGCUGGACAUGGACACCAUCACCGGCACCAGAUACCCCUCCAACACACAGGGAGAACAUCAGUGGCCUCUGCAUGUAGCUCGUCUUCACCAAAGCUCCUACCACUUCCGCUCCACAGUCGCUGGACAAGCAGACUGCAGUACUGACCGUAUCUACGCCGGGGCGCUCUACACAGACUACCACUUCCACUUCUACAGACGCUGCACUGACUAACACACACACACACACACACAUGCUCUCUCUCAUACACACACACACUC